CUUUUAUCGAGAGAUCGAGAUACUUUUCGGGCGCAAUGAGUCUCUAAAAUUACGUAAACUAUUUCAGAUUUCGCAGUGGUUAUGCGACUGAUUAACUUGGAAAGGGCGUGUCUCCUGGUGACAGCAAUCUACGGAUUGGUUAAUGCUGAUACAUUUACAUUGGGAUAUAUCACUGGGUCAAAACGGCGAAUGGGGGAUCUAGAGUACCAGAGACCUGGAUACCGGAUUUCGGGGGCUAUAAAUCUUGCUGUCGAAGAGGUAAACACCGGUGAGCUCAGACAUCUGGGACACAAACUGGACUUCAUAGUGGCCGAGACAUACGGCGAGGAGGACACUAGCAUUCUGGUGACCGCUGAACUGUGGACAAAAAACGUCAGUGGUUACAUUGGACCCCAAGAGACUUGCGUUCACGAGGGUAAAAUGGCAGCAGCGUUCAAUUUACCGAUGAUUUCUUACUUUUGCACACAUCACGAAACCUCGAACAAUGUGGAGUUUCCAACAUUCGCUAGGACACGUCCACCGGACACCCAGAUAUCAAAAUCCGUUGUUGCGGUACUUUUGAAAUUCAACUGGACAAAAGUCACCUUAAUGUACAUGAACUCGACACUAUUCGAAUUCAACAACAAGAUGUCAAGUGUAGCUGGCACAAUUAUCCGAUCAUUUCGCUCCUCCGGCAUAUCUGUCACCUACGAGAGAUGUUGGGCCGAGCCCUACCUCGUGACACACAUGAAUAAUCCAUUUCAUCGUCUCGUGGAGACGUCAUACCGAGAGACACGAAUUUAUGUUAUACUCGGUAACUAUGAUGAGCAUAUGGGACUGCUGAUGGCACUUGAUGAGAGAAAAUUAUUGGAUAAUGGUGAAUACUGGGUGGUCGGCGUAGAUAUAGAGCAAUACGACGAGCACCAGCCCUCGAAAUACCUCCGCGGCCUCCUUCAGGAGCACACAACCCCCUCCCUCCUUCGCGCCCACCGCAGCUACUUCAGUAUCGUCGCCUCCCCUCCCAGGAUCUCCAAGAAUUUCACAAGAAUCAUAAAUGAAUACCGAGGAAAGCCUCCAUUCAACUUCACAAACCCCCUUGCGACCCUCGGGGGUCUAGUCAGGAUCGUACCGGAGACGGCUUACCUCUACGAUGCUGUACAUCUCUAUGCCAGAGCGUUAGUCAGUGCCUUGAAAGAGGGACGAGACCCCAGGGAUGGAAGGAAAAUGGUGGAGAUGCUACAUGGGGUUCACUAUCGCAGUGCCAUGGGAUACAUGGUAUACAUGGACGAGAACGGCGAUGCAGAGGGAAACUACACGCUCAUUGCCCUCGAGGAUGAUCCCGAGGAAGGUCACGGUCUCUACCCAAUAGGACACUUUGUCGGUAAAGAGGAAUCGUCCAAUUUGCCGAAGUUACGUCUUACGAGGGACAUAACUUGGAUCGCUGGCGCUCCACCCGUGGCUGAACCAUUUUGCGGAUAUCAUGGGGAAAAAUGUUAUUCGCACACAGGGGAGAUUGUCGGGGGAAUUGCUGGUGGAAUACUCCUAAUUCUCAUAGCAAUUAUCCUGAUACUGUACAGAAACUGGAGGUACGAACAGGAGUUGGAUUCACUACUUUGGAAGGUCAAUUACAAGGAUAUACAGAUCAGGGAGACCAAGGAGGAGGGCGGGACUGUUGAACCCACCCACAAGCCUAAUACCAAGCCAGUGGUCAGAACCAGUCAAGUAUCACUAAGUUCAAAUCCCGAUGCUGAUUUUCGAUAUUCAAUGAUCUACACACAGAUUGGAUUCUAUCGGGGUCGAAUGUUUGCUAUAAAAAAAGUCAGAAAAAAAUCUAUCGAGAUCACAAGAGAAAUGAAGAAGGAGUUAAAAAUGAUGAGGGAUUUACGACACGAUAACCUGAACGCCUUCAUCGGUGCCUGCACAGAUCCCCCGAACAUCUGCAUCAUCGCCGAAUACUGCGCGAGGGGAAGCCUAAAAGACAUCAUCGAAAAUGACGACAUGAAGUUAGAUAACAUGUUCAUGGCGUCCUUAGUCGGUGAUAUCAUCAGAGGGAUGAUGUUCCUGCACGAAUCGGUGAUAAGGUACCACGGAAAUCUCACUACAUCUAACUGCCUAGUCGACUCAAGAUGGGUUGUCAAAAUCGCUGAUUUUGGAUUACGUGAAUUCAAGAGGGACGCUGAUUGCGAGCCCCAGGAUGUCAUGAAGAAAUACCAAAGUCUGCUGUACCGAGCGCCGGAGCUUCUCCGUUCCCGUACAUCUCCCCCGCUAACCCGAGACUACCAGAAAGGGGAUAUCUACUCCUUCUCGAUAGUUCUCUACGAGCUCCACGGUCGGCAAGGUCCCUUCGGUCCGACCUCCUCGACCCCAGCGCACCUGCUCUCCCAGCUCUGCAAUCCCGUGCCCCCCAGCCUCCCCCUGCGACCAUCCCUGGAGCACCUGGAGAACUGCUUCGACUUUGUGCGUGACUGCCUUGAGGAGUGUUGGUCAGAAGAUCCAGAGCUUCGUCCCGACUUCAAAGCCAUCAGAAACAAGCUGCGACCACUUCGAAAAGGCAUGAAGCCCAACAUUUUCGACAACAUGAUGGCGAUGAUGGAGAAGUACGCCAACAAUCUGGAGGCACUGGUCGACGAGAGGACAGAUCAGCUGACUGAGGAGAAGAAGAAGACGGACGCGCUCCUGUACGAAAUGCUGCCAAAAUACGUGGCUGAACAGCUGAAGAAGGGCCACAAGGUCCAGGCGGAGGGUUUCGAUUGCGUCACGAUAUACUUCUCGGACAUCGUGGGCUUCACCCAGAUGUCGGCUGAGAGCACACCUCUGGAGGUCGUUGACUUUCUCAACGAUCUCUACACGUGUUUCGACGCAACGAUCGAAAACUACGAUGUCUACAAGGUGGAGACCAUUGGUGACGCCUACAUGGUUGUCAGUGGUCUUCCGAUAAGAAACGGUAUCCAACACGCUGGGGAAAUUGCCAGCAUGUCUCUCUGCCUUCUGGACAAGAUCAAGGAGUUCAGUAUUAGACAUCGACCUUUUGACAAGCUUCAGCUGAGAAUUGGCAUCCACUCUGGGCCUGUUUGCGCCGGGGUGGUGGGCCUGAAAAUGCCGAGGUACUGCCUCUUCGGGGAUACAGUUAAUACAGCUAGUCGGAUGGAGUCAACGGGACAGCCUCUGAGGAUUCAUUGCAGCAAGGAGACGAAACUGCUGCUCGAUAGGAUUGGGGGGUUUCAUCUGGAGGAGCGGGGGUUGAUAGAGAUGAAAGGAAAAGGGGAGCGGGUGACGUAUUGGCUGUAUGGGGAAGAGCCUGGGAGGAAGGAGGGAAAGAGACAGCAGUUGGAUCCAAUCCUGGUGCCUAAAAGUUCGCUGAAGAAUAAAGCGAUCAGGAUGAGCUUCCUCAGGUGUUCAAGUGAAUCACCGAAAAGGUUGAGAUUCGCCAGUUCUGAUCAGUUGGAUCAGAGCAAAGGGAAGACUGUGAUUUUUGGCGAGUGGAGUCCUUGUAAAGGGUGCAUGGAGGGCUCACGGUCCUCCAGCAGCUCCUGUCCUUGUGUGGAAAAACUAGAAUUCGGGGAGAAUUGCUUUAAUGGAGUCUGUAAGUCCGUUCCGGGGAGUCCUAGGUAUAUGGUCAAGGGUGUCGGGAGGUUCUGUCAAGUUUUGGCGGGAGAAGCUACCCCUCUGAUCUAAAAUGGCCUAAGUCUAGUAUUGCAAUAAGUAUUAAAAUCAUGACAAUGUACUUAAUUCAGAGUGAUUGCCCAGUGUAAAAAUGAAUCGAUUUCAAAAAUUAUUCUGAGGCGAUGGGGUGCGACAAUCAAGGAAGGCUCGUGUUUUGUGGAGCAAUCGUUUUUUCUAGUCAUUAUCCUAAAUAAAUGCAACAUAAUUUUCAUUACGAUAUGACGUAAGAUAAACUAUUUCAAUUAUCCUCUUACGUUCAAGUGAAAACAUUCAGAUAAGAAUUUCACUUGUUCUCAUAAAUGUUUCUUAACACAUCCAUCAAUAAUUAAUUACCAGUAUUAAGAAAAACGAUAAAAGAUAGAUAGAUUGAUGUCAAGAUCAAGGUCCCCAACGGUUGAACGGAAUAUCAAUGUACUUAUCGCUUAAUCGUUAUUAAUUAUCGAAUUAGAUAGACAUCUUGAGUGUGUGUCAAGUGAUUGGAAUCAAUCGAGUGUUUUAAAAAAAUCCACUCAACAUUGUUCCUCAGUAUCAACUCUACAUUCCUCAAUAAUAAAA